AUGCCUGAUACGCCGGCGAUAGCAGCUCCUCUCGUCCCGCAUAUGAUUGUCAUAUGUAUCGACACGGAAUCCUGGACCAACAACACGGAUCUGAUGACCGAGCUCGGGAUGAAUGUCUUUUCGCGCCAAAAGGGACGGGAGGUGAGCACCACCACCGGUCCCGGACCACACGGUGUGAACGUGAUGAAAGCGCUCAAUUUUUACCACUUCCGCAUCGCCGAGCACGCACACUUGCUAACGAACCGAGAAGGUUCUUACGGUCCCCUCGGAAACCGCUUCGGCCAGACCCGGUUCAUCACAUUCCAAGAGCUGCGUGUUGUCCUGGAGCAUUUCUUCAACCAGGAUAUCGUCUCCGACGACCCUAAGCUGCAAGGAUGCAAGCGGCCUGUCGUCCUUAUAGGUCACGCUCUGAGGCAUGACCUUGAGAACGCCAACAAGGAAGGUCUUGAGUACAACUUUACAAAGUACUCCACGAUCGUUGCCAAUGUUGAUACGCAGCAGUUGGCGCGUCAGACGGGAGUCUGGAACCCACCGGCAUACAUGAGGACCAAUGAGAUCGGCCUCCGCGUGCUCGUCGAGGAGAAGCUUAGUUUCCGCCAUCUCGACGACCAUACUGCCGGCAACGAUGCCGCCCGGACGAUGAUGUGCGGUAUUUGGAUGUGCCUGCCUGCUGCUCUCACUCAGAUCGAGCAUCCCGACAUGCAGCAGGUCGCCAAUGCUGUCGAGAAGCACAGCAGCUUGAACUUGGCAGCACUAUAUGGUACUGUCGAGCUGUGCGUUCGUUGCGGUGGACGAGACCAUUCCGAGGAGGCCUGCACUGUUAGUGUCCAGUGCGCAGCAUGCAUCCGGUUCGACACUGGACCCAACCGGGACCAGAACGCGGCAAGCCACAUUGAGACGUAUUGUUACCACACGGCUACCUUCAAGGCCUGGGCACGUCGGUAUAAGGAUGCA